GGUACUUUUCCCAUUGUGUCAUGCCAGAGAGAGAAAAAAAAAAGAGAAAAAAUAAGUUGCUUAAUCUCUCCAAUAAGGAACUUAAGGCUCUUCAAAAGACUGUGCACUGUUAUCCUGGAGCUACUGACAGCUGGUCCGUCUUUCUUCACAAGGCUCUCCUCAGCAAAGACCCCCGUGCACACACCAUGGCAGACCCGUGGCAGACCGCCUACGACUUCGCUGUUCAGGUUGCAAGAGCGGCUGGAGCGGUCAUCAGGAAAGCCGGGGAGGAGGAAAUAAAGAUCCAGACAAAGAGCUCCGCCGUGGACCUCGUCACCAAGACUGACGAGAGGGUGGAGAAGAUCAUCAUCGGGUCUCUUAAGGAGCAAUUCGGCGAUGGCACACACUGUUUCAUUGGAGAAGAGUCCGUCUCUAAGGGGGAGGCGUGUAUCUUGACUGAUAAGCCCACGUGGAUCAUAGACCCCGUCGACGGCACCACGAACUUUGUGCACGGAUUCCCCUUCGUCGCGGUGUCCAUCGCGUUUGCCGUCAAUAAGCAGCUGGAGUUCGGUGUGGUGUACAGCUGCUUGGAAGACAAAAUGUACAAAGCGCGGAGGGGGCAGGGAGCUUUCUGCGACGAUGAGCAGAUUCAGGUGUCCGAUGUAAAAGAUAUCAACAAGUCCAUUAUCAUCUCGGAGCACGGAACCGACCGCAGCAUAGAAAAAGUGACCAAGAUCUUCUCCACCAUGCAGAAGAUCCUCCGCAUCCCAGUGCAUGGGCUGCGGGGGUCGGGCACAGCUGCCACCAACAUGUGCCUGGUGGCGUCGGGGGCGGUGGAGGCCUUCUUCGAGAUCGGGAUCCACUGCUGGGACAUUGCCGCCGGAGCGGUUAUCGUCCAGGAAGCCGGAGGACUCAUCCUGGAUGUGGACGGGGGGCCCUUCGAUCUGAUGUCUCGGAGGAUGAUGUCAGCGAACAACGACGUUAUUGCUCGGAGGAUCAUCAAGGAGAUUGAGCUCUUCCCAGUUGUGAGGGACGACGCUCCAGUGCAGAAGAAAUGAGGAAAAAUAAACUGAGUACGAGAGGAACAAGUCAAGUUUAACGCUGUAUGUCCUGAAUAAAGAUUCUUUUUUUGUUGGCAUUUGCA